AUGAAAAUUCACGGAAACGUGACAUAUUACAUUUUUUUUGCCCUAGAAAUCGUAUAUUUUUAUUCUGUGCAAGUUGUUGGAAAUUUGCAAGAUGAUAUUGCCGCACGACUGAAAGAAGGAAAUCAAACCGGCUUAUCAAGAAAAAGGCGAUAUUUGGCUUUCCCAGAAGGUAGCUCAUUUCAAGUGGUUUUAGUCUUUGACUUAGCAUAUCCAACUUUGGAUGGAAUCGGAUUUUACGUAUUUGGUAAUACAGCUGGUUUAGCUUGGGAACUGCCUUCUGCACAAUUUUUCAUCGAUGAGAAAUUAAAAAAGAAAGGAAAAAAAAAACCUGAACCAGAACCACAGCCUGAACACCCCGUCGUUGAAUAUAUCGAACAUCCUGAGGAAAUUCAACAUUUUUCUGAUUGGCAGCCGCCUUUAAAAUGGACCGAGCAGAAUCCUGAGAGAAUCGAUUAUCAGAGUCCCUCUGGAUGGAUAAACAGAUUUCCAGUAAGCUCAUAUACCAGUCCCUUUAAUUCGCGUGUUAACCAAGUUGGAGGCUAUUUUAAUCCCUCAAUAAAAAAUCGAAUAAAUUAUAUAAAUCCAUAUGAAAGUAACCCAAAGGAUUAUUGGGGUAAAAAAAGUUUCCAAAACCAAAGAAGAACUGCGCAAUUUAGAGAGUUCCGGCCCUACCAAUAUGCAAAUUCUGAUUUAGAUUUUGAUACUCACUAUCACAAUAAUCUUCAUCGAAGAUCGAGAAGGGAUUUAUAUGGAAAACUUGAACAUUUAUUUUCAUCAUUAAUUGAAGAUGGAAAAUCAUGUAUUUUAAAGCUAAUAUGCCAAACCAAUAAAAUACCUAAAGGCAAAGGGACACUAAUUGAUGAGUUUCUCAAGACUUUGUUCAAGGUAAAGCCAGAUGGUUUUACAGAUGACGAAGAUCAUUACGACCAGGCAGCCAAUUUGCGACACGACUGUGAUAACAUGUAUCCAACAUGUGAAGGUAACGUGGCCACAAAGUUAUUAAAUGUAGCCCUAAAUAAAUAA